AUGGUUGAUCCAAUUGAAGAACAACGUUUACGAACAAUUCAACGUGAAUAUUUAGAUUUUCUCGAUGACGGAGAAGAUGAAGGUGUCUAUCAAGAUAAAUUGAAAAUGUUGAUUGCCAACGAUGAAGCACGGCUGAUUGUGAAUAUAAAUGAUCUGCGACGAAAGAAUUCACGACGAACAAAAGCAUUGCAAGAUAAUGCUUUUGAAGAAUUGCUGUGCUUUCAACGAGCGCUUCGUGAAUUGAUUUCAGCAACGGAUGCAGUUUACGCGAAGCAAUUCGAAGAAUUUUACAUUGGACUUGAAGGAAGUUUCGGUGGUUUCCAUUUAUCACCACGUACAAUUAAUUCUUCGUAUAUUGGAAAAAUCGUCUGUGUUGAAGGCAUUGUGAAUAAAUGUUCAUUGAUUCGACCAAAGGUAACUCGAAGUGUUCAUUUUUGCCCAACGACGAAAAAAUUCAUGGAACGCCGUUAUGCUGAUAUGACAUCGAUGGAAGCUUUUCCGACUUCGUCUGUUUACCCGACAAAAGAUGAAGAUGGAAAUUUGUUGGAAACAGAAUAUGGCCUGUCAAGUUACAAAGAUCAUCAGACAUUCGUCAUUCAAGAAAUCCCGGAAAAAGCACCGACAGGUCAAUUACCACGUUCAAUCGAUGUUAUUGCUGAUGCUGAUCUCGUCGAUCAAUGCAAACCUGGUGAUCGCGUACAAGUUGUUGGAGUUUACCGAUGUUUACCCGGUAAGAAAGGUGGCUUUACCAAUGUUUCCUUUCGAACGGUAUUAAUUGCUAAUAAUAUUCGAUUAAUGAGCAAAGAAAUGGAACCAAAAGUAUCGAUUAACGAUUUGAAAAAGAUUCGUUCAUUUAGUCGUCAACGAAAUUUGGAUGUUUUUGAAACAUUGGCACGUUCGAUUGCUCCAUCUAUCUAUGGUCAUGAAUACAUUAAACGCGCUAUCCUAUGUAUGCUCUUAGGCGGUACAGAGAAAGUUCUUCCCAAUGGUACACGCCUUCGUGGUGAUAUUAAUAUUUUGUUAAUCGGUGAUCCAUCGGUCGCUAAAUCGCAAUUGCUUCGUUAUGUUUUGCAUACAGCUCCUCGAGCUAUUCCAACAACUGGUCGUGGUUCGUCCGGCGUUGGUUUGACCGCUGCAGUUACAUCCGACGCCGAAACAGGUGAUCGUCGUCUCGAAGCAGGUGCUAUGGUCUUAGCCGAUCGGGGCAUCGUUUGCAUUGACGAAUUCGAUAAAAUGUCGGACAUUGAUCGAACAGCUAUUCACGAAGUGAUGGAACAAGGUCGAGUUACCAUUGCCAAAGCCGGUAUUCAUGCACAAUUGAAUGCACGAUGUAGUGUUCUUGCUGCUGCUAAUCCUGUCUAUGGACGAUAUGAUCAAUACAAAACACCCAUGGAGAAUAUUGGUUUGCAAGAUUCGCUUUUAUCUCGUUUCGAUCUUAUUUUUGUUAUUCUUGAUAAUUGUGACAUGGAACAAGAUAAUAUUAUCGCUGACCAUGUUCUUCGCAUGCAUCGAUAUCGACCACCUAAUGAAGCUGAUGGCGAAGUUCUUCCAUUUGCAUCCGAGGUUGAUGCUCUCACAACUGAGCAAGCGAAUGAUGCAGAAAAAGAUGCCGAAGAUGAUAUUCAAGUCUACGAUAAAUACGAUGCUGUUCUCCAUGGUCCUUAUUAUUCGAAAAAAACGAAAUUCAUCAAUUUACGUUUUAUGAAGAAAUACAUUCACUUCGCUAAGGCACUCAAACCACAACUAACAAAAGAAGCAGCUGACAUUAUCGUUGAAGAAUAUACACGUUUAAGAAAUCAAGAUUUAUCCCAAACGGAUAACCAAGCACGAACGCAACCAAUAACGGCUCGAGCAUUGGAAAGUAUGAUACGUUUAGCAACGGCACAUGCCAAAUGUCGUAUGUCGAAAACGGUGGAUCCUGAAGAUAGUGAAGUGGCAAUUGAUCUGGUUCAAUUUGCAAUCUUUAAAAAGGUCUUAGAAAAGAAUAAACGCAAGAAAGAUGCAAAUAAAACGACAGCAAAUCACGAUGAUGAUGAAGAAGAAAUCGACGAUGACAAGGAAAAUGAUGAAGGUGAUAUGGAAACGGACACGGCGCCACCACCAUCGACACCAAAACGACGACGUCAAUCAUCAUCAACUGAUUCGGCUCCGGUUGAAAUAGGUAGUGCAUCAAAACGUGCACGUCGUGUAGCACGUAAAACAACUGGUACUGAUGAUAGUACGCCAGUUGUUUCUCAAAUUUCUAUUGGUCCCGAUCGAUUGAAUGUUUUCAAAACACAUUUAUCAACAUUCAUUGAUCGACAACCAUCUGUUACAACUCAGGAAAUCUUUGAUUACAUGAAAGAGCAUGAUUCAACAUUCAAUGAAGAUGAAAUUCGAAUGGCUUUAGCUAAAAUGCAAGAUGAGAAUCAAAUCAUGUUAGCCGGUGAAAUCGUUAUUCGUAUUUAG